AUGGCGCCCACACCCGACCGCGUCGCAAGCAUAAUGCUCUCAUGGCACGCCCUCGAGCUCGUCUCGUGCAAAACCCUCCAAACCCUCUGGGCGGGCUACGGCAAGAUCUGCGCGAUAACCGCGCGUGCAAGGACCGACGAAGCAGCGGCGCAUCUCGACGCGCUGUGCGGGGUUGAGUCUGGAAAGGAGGGGAGCACGUACCCGCUCAUCUUGAAAUACAUCUCGCCGCCACGGAACAGCGGCGGGAGUGAAGAUGAGGGGCAUCUACGGAAGAUGCUAAGCUACGAAGUCGAGCAGUACUUUUACAGCGACGUUGUCCCGCUGCUAGGCGACGACAUCGCCGUCGCCAAGUGUCUCGCGUCCACGCGGGAUAUGGAUGGGGAAGAGGGGGAAGAGGAACUUGAGGGUCUCAUGGCGACGAUUAUGGUUGACCUCCGGCCCAAGUACCCCGUUGCGGGCGGGAAGAGGAGUGUGCUUAGCAAGGUGCAGGUGCGUGGGGCGUUGGACUGGUUGGCGGGGUUUCAUGGGCGGUCUUGGAGUUUGUUACCGGAUUCUUUGGAGGAGUGUGUUUUGCCGCCGCUGGAGGAGGCGAAGAGGAGGGGUGAUGGUGCAGAGGUUGAAGGUGCGUUGUGGUUGAAUGGCGGGUAUACGUACCUUGCGACGAGGCGGAGCGAAUAUGCUUCCCUUGUGGAGGACACGUACUCGGAGUGGUCGGACGCUUUGUGCAGGCCUUUGGAGGGGUCUGGACUAUCUGUAGCCGAGAUGGCGGCGGUGUUUCUGACGCCAUGCGGGAGGCCAAUUGAGUCGUAUAUCCAUGGCGACGUCAAGUCUGAGAACCUGUUUACCACAGAAAACGGGGAUGAAGUGGCCUUUUUUGAUUUCCAGUAUGUCGGUCUGGGGUUGGGGGUUUGUGACCUCGCCAAACUGUUUACUUGCUCGGUUCCGUUGCAUAUGCUUGUUGAAGGCGACGAACCUCUGUCUGAGCAACUGGAGAUGGGUAAUGGGGAGAAGGACCUUUUGAGGUACUACCGCAUGAGUCUCCUCCAAGAUGAUGGAGGCGAGCUUUACCCAUGGGAAAUGUUUAAGCGACAUUGGGAAACGGCACUGGUAGACUGGUGCAGGUUCCAGGCAUCAUGGGGCUUCUGGGGGAAUACAGGAUGGCUCGAGGCUCGUGUGAGAUCGAUUCUUCCGGAUCAGGGGUGGAGGGACUGGCUGCAACAGGAAAUCAGCGACCGAAUCCUGGGGGAUAAAGCAUAA